GUGCCGCAGCCGGAGUGCGCCAUAUUUGGCUUCAUGCUUGCCGAGUUCAUCACAGCGCAGAAACCUUGCAUGGUGAACGUGAUCGCUUUCAACUGCUUCAUCCUCAUCGUGUUUGGCAAGAAGCUGAGAUUCGGACCGUACGACAUGUGGCUUCUCCUGUGGACGUUCGGCGCACCAUUUCUCGGUUCGGUCAUCAACGUCUCUCUCGGGUAUCUCGGACCGAACGGCGUCUUCUGUUACUUUGACGUGAAGCUUGGAGCGCUGGCCGGUAUCUUCUACACCACCGUGCCCCUGCUCCUCGUGCUCCUGCUCAACACACUGCUCUACAUCGGCACGUGGAAGAACAUUCGCAACCAGGCGCUGCAGAUCAAGGGCUCCGAGACGCAGCAGGCGGUGGCGCUGCGGCGCGUGCACGACAGCGCGAGCACGAUGACGUCACCGCACUUUACGAUGACGUCACUGCUAUUUGCAGGGCUCGGAGACGCAGCAGGCGGUGGCGCUGCGGCGCGUGCACGACAGCGCGCGCACUAUGACGUCACCGCACUUUACGAUGACGUCACUGCUAUUUGCAGGGCUCGGAGACGCAGCAGGCGGUGGCGCUGCGGCGCGUGCACGACAGCGCGCGCACUAUGA